AUGAUCUUUGCCAUUGAAGAAAUAAACAACAGGACAGAUCUUCUUCCUGGAGUGUCUUUGGGAUAUAAGAUCUAUGACACAUGUGGCUCCAUAUCUUUGGCAAUAAGAGCAGCCAUGGCUUUGAUGAAUGGAAAUGAGGAAACUCUCUCUGACACCUCCUGCUCCAGACCAGCUGCAGUUCAAGCUAUAAUAGGAGAGUCGGGAUCUUCACCCACUAUUGCAGUUUUAGCAGCAGUUGGACCUUUUCAUAUCCCCGUGAUCAGUCACUUUGCUACCUGUGCAUGUCUGAGCAAUAGAAGGAGAUUUCCAUCAUUCUUCAGAACCAUCCCCAGUGACUAUUAUCAGAGCAGAGCUCUGGCUCAGCUUGUGAAGCACUUUGGAUGGACCUGGGUUGGAGCCAUUAGAAGUAACAAUGAUUAUGGCAACAACGGGAUGGCUACUUUUGUGCAAGCCGCCCAGCAAGAGGGGAUCUGUAUUGAGUAUUCAGAGAGUUUUUACAGAACAGAUCCACACCACAAAGUUCUAAAGCUCAUAGACAUUAUAAAAAAGAGCACUGCAAAAGUUAUUGUGGCAUUUCUUGCUCAAGGAGAAAUGAAUAUUUUAUUGGAUGAAUUAUCCCUCCAGAAGGUAGCUGGUCUUCAGUGGAUUGGAACAGAAGCAUGGAUAACUGCAACCAAUCUUGCAACAGCACAAAAUUUAAGAGUUCUGAGUGGAUCAAUGGGGUUUGCUGUUAGUAACUCCAUGAUACAGGGGUUGAAGGAAUUUUUAUUGAAUGUCCAUCCUUCACAAGCUCCUGGCAACGAUCUCCUAUAUGAGUUCUGGGAAAAGGCCUUCAGCUGCUCUUUUAGAAUUGAAGGCAAUACUGCAGAUCAACAUGCUUGCACUGGGCUUGAAAGCUUAAAAGAACUAAAGAACCAAUACACCGAUGUCACUGAAUUGAGAAUAUCCAAUAAUGUAUACAAAGCUGUGUAUGCUGUUGCACACUCUUUACACAAUCUACUCAAAUGCAAAACAGGACAAGGAUCUCCUUCUAAUUCUAGCUGCAUGAGCAAAAUUAAAACUGAACAGUCAGAGGUAAACUACUGGCGUUUUUCACAGGUACUUGAGAACCUCAAAACUGUCAACUUCAGGGCUGAAACUGGAGAGCAGGUCUUCUUUGAUGACAGUGGAGAUCCAGUUGCGAGGUAUGAACUAGUGAAUUGGCAGCUUGUAAACGAGAGCACCGUCCAGUUCACGACCAUCGGUUACUAUGAUGCUUCACUGCCAGCAGGUCGUCAGUUUGUCAUGAAUCAAGUCGAUAUUGUUUGGACCGGUGGGCAACGUGAGAAGCCUGUGUCAGUGUGCAGUGAGAGCUGUCCUCCAGGCACUCGAAAGGCAGUUCGGAGAGGAAGGCCUGUGUGUUGCUAUGACUGCAUACGAUGUGCUGAAGGAGAGAUCAGCAACACUACAGAUUCUAAUGAAUGUAUCCAGUGCCCUUUGAAAUAUUGGCCAAAUAAGAUAAGAACCAAAUGUGUGCUUAAACCAAUUGAAUUCCUGUCCUUUGGAGAACUCAUGGGAGUAGUGCUCAGUAUAUUUUCUUUGGUUGGGACUUGUUUAACCUUAGGCAUCGCUUUGAUCUUCUUUAAAUUUAAACACACUCCUAUUGUCAAAGCCAAUAACUCUGAACUGAGUUUUCUUCUGCUCUUUUCAUUGACUCUGUGUUUCCUCUGUUCUCUUACUUUCAUUGGCCAGCCCUCUGACUGGUCCUCAAAAUAUGAAAUAUUAUAA